AUGUCUCUCAAACGUUUCUUUCUUUUUGUUUUUCUAUUCAUAUCUCCUUCAUUUUCAGCCUUACUUGCUCCCAUCACUAAACACCACAUCCAAACAAGCCGUUUUUACACGUUAAAACUUUACCUCAUGACCCCUUUGCAACAUACUGAUUUACUACUUCACAUUGGUGCAAAAUACACUGCGGUUGAUUGUAAUCAUAACUACACUUCCACCACUUCAUGGCCCGUUCCUUGUAACUCCCCUCUUUGUCACUCCCUCCAAAAAUUUCAAGUCAACACCACUAACUGUAACAUCACCAGAACCACCAGGAACCGAGUUCCUGGUGGUUGUGUCAUAUUAACCCAUAACUCACACGCCAGGGUUGACUCAUUGGCUUUACCAACGACCAAUGGGUGCAACCAGGGCCAACUCCGGGUAUUCCCUAAGUUUGUUUUGACUUGCUCUGCCGAGGCGUCAAAGUUACUAAAAGGCCAUGCAAAGAAAGAAAUCGUUGGGUUAGCCGGUUUAGGGUAUUCAAAGUAUUCACUGGCUGCACAGGUUAGUACCACCACAUCCAUUUUCGCAGUUUGUCUUUCUGGCUCGCCUUCAGCUCCUGGUGUAGCGUUUUUUGAGCUGCCUAAACCGUAUUAUUUCUUGCCUGGAGUUGAUGUUUCAGAUCAUCUUAACUACACUCCUUUAAUGUUUUCACAUAUCACCACCCAAAAAACCAAUAAAAAACACUUUGAAGACGCAUAUUUUCUUGGUGUUAAAUCUAUAAACAUUAAUGGUAAACCGACAGCUAUAGACCAGACGCUUCUUACUAUUAAUACAAAUGGUAAAGGUGGGACAAGGAUUAGCACGUUGGAUCCUUACACCGUGUUAGAAAGAUCAAUCUUCACGACUUUCAUAGACGCGUUCACAAAAGAAUCAACUACAAUGAAGCUGAAACCAACUAAACCCGUUAAGCCAUUUAACUUAUGUUAUGAAGCCGAUGAUGUUUUAGAAACAUAUUUGGGACCAAACGUGCCUUUGGUUGAUUUAGUGAUGCAGAAUGAUGUGAAAUGGACCAUUUUUGGGGAGAACUCGAUGGUGAGGAUUGUUGAUGAAGGUUUGGAUGUAUGGUGUUUAGCCUUUGUUGAUGGAGGUGUUAAAUCUGUUUCGUCAAUAGUUAUCGGAGGGCAUCAGUUGGAGGAUAAUUUGUUGCAGUUUGAUCUAGGAGCAAAAAGAUUAGGAUUUAGUUCAUCACUUUUGCAACAUAAAACAAUGUGUGCUAAUUUUAAUUUUAGCAUUAACAGUACCAUCAAACUCUUUUAG